CGAGACGCAUUGUUGUGCUAUGACGUAAGGAGUCGGAGACGGAAGAUGGCGGAGUUAGCGGCUGCGGGCGGCGGGCAGUGAGCGGCGCCCAGGCCAGCGCCAGCUCUCGCAACCCGGCCGCGGGUAGUGCCAGACCGCUGCAUCUGGGCCGCACCGCGUCCAUGGCGAGAACCAGUAGUCAGAUGGCUUUGAAAUUUUGAGUCAAGUCUGAUAUAUCCUUGUUGCUUUUUGUAUGAUGUUCCCAUUCAGUCCAGUGUAGUCCUUUGCUCUUGCCCAUCUCCAUCCAUGGUAAGGAAUCAGUCAGACUCCAGCGUGCGACCAACGAUCUCUGGUGCCUCCAUGGACAGCAGUGCAGGCGACACUGGCCCAGUGAUGGGCUCUUUACCACAGCGAACAGGGCAACGGCAGCAACCUGUAGUGCAGACGCAGCGGCAGCAGUCAGCUGGCCAUGCUCAGCAACCACGCAAAAAGCGACCUGAAGAUUUCAAGUUUGGCAAGAUUCUUGGCGAGGGAUCAUUCUCAACAGUUGUGUUGGCCCGAGAACAGACAACUGGUAAAGAAUAUGCUAUUAAAAUUCUGGAAAAACGUCAUAUCAUUAAGGAGAACAAGGUACCAUAUGUGACCAGAGAGAGGGAUAUCAUGUCUCGGCUGGAUCACCCCUUCUUUGUAAAACUCUACUUUACGUUUCAGGAUGAGGAGAAGCUCUAUUUUGGUCUUAGUUAUGCUAAGAAUGGAGAGCUGCUUAAAUACAUUCGUAAGCAAGGCUCAUUUGAUGAGAACUGCACACGAUUUUAUUCGGCUGAGAUUGUUUCGGCACUAGAGUACUUGCAUGAGAUCGGGAUUAUACAUAGGGACCUUAAACCAGAGAACAUCUUACUGAGUGAAGAUAUGCACAUACGGAUUACUGAUUUCGGAACAGCAAAAGUAUUAUCUUCAGAUAAUACGCAAGCACGAGCAAAUUCUUUCGUUGGAACAGCACAGUAUGUUUCGCCAGAGCUUUUAACUGAGAAAUCUGCUUGUAAAAGCUCUGAUCUGUGGGCUCUUGGCUGUAUCAUUUACCAGUUGGUAGCUGGAUUGCCACCUUUCAGGGCUGGGAAUGAGUAUCUCAUAUUCCAAAAAAUAAUUAAGUUGGAAUAUGAAUUCCCAGAAAAGUUUUUCCCAAAAGCGAAAGACUUGGUGCAGAAGCUUCUGGUGUCUGAACACACAAAGCGCCUUGGCUGUGAAGAAAUGGGAGGUUAUGGACUCCUUAAAGCCCAUACAUUCUUUGAACCUAUUGCAUGGGAGAAUCUGCACCUUCAGACACCCCCCAAACUCACUGCGUAUCUCCCAGCAAUGUCUGAAGAUGAAGAAGAUUGCUAUGGCAAUUAUGAUGACCUCCUCAGUCAGUUUGUCUCCAUGCAAGUGGCUCCAUCUGGCUCACUGCACUCGUUGUCUUCCCCUGAGCCUAGCCCACCACAGAGGUUAUGUAGUAACAUCGAGCAGUAUGUCCAUGAUCUUAACGACACUUCGUUCGAGUUGGACCUUCAGUUUACAGAUGAGGACAAGCGUCUCCUGCUUGAGAAACAAGCCAACAGAAAUCCCUGGCACCAGUUUGUAGAAAAUAAUUUAAUCCUGAAGAUGGGUCCAGUUGAUAAGAGAAAGGGCCUGUUUGCUCGACGUCGGCAACUGUUGCUCACGGAAGGCCCGCAUCUCUACUACGUGGAUCCUGUCAACAAGGUUUUGAAAGGAGAGAUUCCUUGGUCACAGGAGCUGCGCCCAGAAGCUAAGAAUUUCAAAACAUUUUUCGUUCAUACUCCUAAUCGGACAUAUUACUUAAUGGAUCCCAGUGGAAACGCUCACAAAUGGUGCAAAAAGAUCCAUGAAGUGUGGCGACGGCGGUACCAGAACCAGCAGAACACCGGCAUCUAGCGGAGUGCAACUCACGUGGGUGGAGAAACUUCCUCUCAAGUUGCCAGAGCUCCAGAGUUGAACACUGUAACACAGCAAAGAAAGCCUCCCUCAUUCCCUUUUCUCUUGCCCACACACCCCUCCCAUCCUCUUCCCUGUCCAUUUAAAAAGAAAAACACAGAGCCUGUGACAUCCAGAAAUAUUCUGUGCUUGUGUGUAUUGGGGUUCGGGGGGGGGGGGCUGCAAACUUUAUUCCCAUAUUUCCUUUCUCCAACUAAAAUGUAAAUGGGAUUGCGGGUUGCUUUGCCUGCUUGUUCUGCAGGCUUAUCAUAUCACAAAUAGAAGACCCUUUGCCUAUGUCUGUGUAACGUCUGCUCUCAUUCCAGCUUCAGGAUUUCAGAUGAAGAUAGUAUAUUUAUAAACUGCUUUGUAGGCAGAUUUCAAAUUUCAGUCUAGGUAUUCCCCACAACCCUCAUUCCAAUUCCAGGUAGCCCUCUGUGCAGGGUCUGACCUCUUUAUAUUUUUGUUUAGCUUUCUAAAAUUUAUUUAAGAGCUAUGUGAUUUUUGACAUUUGUUCUUGUUUUCAUCUGGCCUUUGGCACCUGGUUUGCUUCCCCUCAAGGCAAAGGUAUAUAGUGGUACUGAGGAAUUGUGCAUAGAAACUCUUGAACACAAGAAAACCCCUUAUUUAUGCGCUCUUAU